AUGCGGCGCUGUCGGGGGUUUGCGCGGUGGCCACACCGCUGGCAGGGUCCCCAAAGCUGGCGCUCCCACUUCCCACCCUGGUCCCGAACCCUGGACCCAGCCCCAGCGCGUUGUGUGCGAACACCGCACCGCCCCGGACCCAGCUCCGCCUUGGGGCCCCUCUCUGCCUGCUCCUCCGGGCCCGACUACACUGCUUCCCCUCCGGCGGGCGACUCAGCCCGGUCCAUCGCGGCGGCUUCCAGGGCGGCAGGCUCCGGGGGGAUUGCCGGGGCCGGCUCCAAGGACUGUUCCCCUCCUCCCCACGCCCACUCUGCGGGGGCGGCGGGCGAGAGCGGCGACGUAGGGCCAGGGUCCGGAGCGGUGGAGGCUCCGGGCCGGGGAGCAGGUCGCCCCACCCGGCAACGGGAGGAUGGUGGCGGCGCAGUUGGCUGCUUUGGGGUCUCAAGGCACAGGGGACGCGAGGCACAGAUGUCCCACAACAGCCACUGCCGCUCCAGCAGCUGCUCCGCCGCCGCUACCCGACCCUCCCCGCUGCAGCUGGCGUGA